GUAGCCGAGAACAAGGCAGGCCAUCCGCAGAAGCAUAGCUGUGCCUACAUCUUGGAAACCAAGAUGGCGUCUACAAUAUACGUCAUCAUCGCGGUCCUGAUGUCUGAGGCGGUCGUGCGUUCCCAAACGCUACGGGCGUGCGGGAGGUGGCUGGUGUGCGACUGCGACCCUACCGUCAACGCCGUUCACUGCAACAUGUUCAACCUCAGCGCAAUGCCCACCGGGAUACCGGCAUCCACCAUCAUCCUGGACCUCUCGAACAACAUGAUACCCACCACGGCCAACCAGUUUUCCAACUUCUACCGCUUGCGUUAUUUGGAUUUCAGCAGUAACGGUUUACAGACAAUCUCGGGUGGAACAUUCAACAACCUGAAUCAGCUAGAGCUACUGGAUCUUUCCGACAACCAGUUCACGGCAAUCCCGUGUGGGAUGUUGACCCUCCUGCCUAGACUUCGCAUUUUCAAAUUCGGAGGAAAUCCGAUCUCGUCGUUUCCCAGCGAUUGUUUCAUGGGUUUGAUGGCUAUUGAGCAGCUGGAUCUCUCCCGGAUGAAGUUAGCUCGUGUUAGCGAAGACGCGUUCUCGUGGGUGCCGACGCUGAAGCAGCUGGACAUAUCCAGAAACCAGCUGCAAACCCUCAGCGCUGGUUUCUGCCGAAACGGAGGAAACCUCGUCCAAACGAUGCAGCUGUACGGCAACCCGUGGUUGUGUGACUGCAACCUGCUACAGCUGCAAUGGUGUGCUAACAUCACUCGCAGCAUACGGUGUGCGGUACCGAGGAUGCUGAGAGGGCUUGCCGCUGACAUACUGCUACAGUUCGCCCCUGAUAGACUCGUGUGUCCGGUUUCACCGAUGUCCAUCAACCUUUCGUCAUCCGACGUGACCGCAUACGCCGGCGACAGCGUGACUGUCGUGUGCACUUCACCUGGAGUGAGUAGUGACAAGAUCACUUGGCUCAAGAUGACGGGUGACGUCAGAGGUACCCCAACCAGAUCCGUCCAAUCAGGACCUAUCUUGCCGUUCACGCGUGUCCGAUUGGCUGAUAGCGGGACGUACAUCUGUCUAGCUGCACAGAGUGGCGGAGGUAAACAGUUUGACUGGACUCUGCUCAUCAUUGCCGUCUCAGCGGCGGCGUUUACCGUCGUGGUGGUCGGCGUCGUCUCUGCGGUCGUGUACUGCAUCUGGAAAAGGUCGCGCUGGAAAAGGAGGCUGAAGACAUACGAGGGUCCUUCCCCCAUGUCAGAGCUGGCGGCGUUUGAUCACCUGUUUACCGGACACGACAGCGGCAGUCAGAACUCGACGCCAUCAAGUGGUUACGACUCGUCACCGCUGAAUCCUGACAGCGCGAGGAGCAGGCCGUCUUAUCCCGCCGUACGGCAGCAAACGCCGCCCGCUGUCCCGUACGUCAACCGUCACAAGCGCCGCGCGAGCACCGCAGGCGACGCUGGAGCGUCACGGAAAGCGCAGGGCGACGUCACUGACGCGCCGUCACCACGCUCUACCGACCGACCGUCCCCUGUCUCACCGAGAAGCAUCCGGGGACUUGCCUACCGUCCCAGCAGUGCCGGAAGCACGGGCAGCAACAGGAGAACCGGAAGCGGAAAUGCCAAGACUCUGAAGCGAACAGCACGCCGGGAUAAAGGGGUUCGGCCCGUCAGAAAAGAUGGCGGAAAUAUUCCACUGAAGACGAGGGGGUCCAGGUCCUCUCUUGGCCGCAGUGGCGGAGACGAGGAACAUUACGUGUGA